UAUCCACUCUCCUGUUCAAUUAUUUUCUGCAGGCCAAAGAGAGAAGUCAUCAGGGUUUUGAUGUGAAUCGAGACGCCAAAAAGCUGAACAAAGCCUGCAAAGGAAUGGGAACUGAUGAAGCGACCAUCAUUGAAAUCUUAUCAAGCAGGACAUCGAAUGAGAGGCAACAAAUAAAGCAAAAGUACAAGGCAACGUAUGGCAAGGACCUGCAGGAGGUGCUGGAGAGUGAGCUGAGCGGGCAUUUCAAGAAGACAGCCUUGGCGCUGCUGGACCGCCCCAGCGAGUACGAUGCCCGGCAGCUGCAGAAGGCCAUGAAGGGUCUGGGCACGGAUGAGGCGAUGCUCAUCGAGGUCCUGUGCACAAGAACCAAUAAGGAAAUCAUCGCCAUCAAAGAGGCCUACCAAAGGUUAUUUGACAGGAGCCUUGAAUCAGAUGUCAAAGAUGAUACGAGUGGAAACCUAAAAAAGAUUCUGGUGUCCCUGCUACAGGCUAAUCGUGAUGAAGGAGAUGAUGUGGACAAAGAUCUAGCUGGUCAGGAUGCCAAAGAGCUGUAUGAUGCAGGGGAGGGCCGCUGGGGCACUGACGAACUUGCCUUCAAUGACGUCCUGGCCAAGAGGAGCUACAAGCAGCUGCGGGCCACCUUUCAAGCCUAUCAAAUUCUCAUCGGUAAAGACAUCGAAGAGGCCAUUGAAGCCGAGACGUCGGGAGAUCUGCAGAAGGCCUACUUGACCCUCGUGAGGUGUGCCCGCGACCAGGAGGGCUAUUUUGCUGAGCGUCUGUACAAGGCCAUGAAGGGUGUGGGGACCGAUGAGGAGACACUAAUUCACAUCUUUGUGACCAGGGCUGAGGUUGACCUUCAGGGGAUAAAAGCUAAGUUCCAAGAGAAGUAUCAGAAGUCCCUCUCUGACAUGGUUCGCUCGGACACCUCUGGGGACUUCCGGAAACUGCUGGUAGCCCUCUUGCACUGAACCAAGCCAGAGCGGUAGGAACACAGGGAGGAACCAUCUUUGUCAAGAGCCUGUUCCAAACAAGAUUUGCAAAUGUGACUCCAGCACGAAAAGCCUUCAAGAAUCCUGGUUUACUUUCUUGGCAGCUUCAGCAGUGCAGCCAGGCCAGGCUGUUUAAGUCAAAGACAGCAGCCUCGAGAUGCUUGAGCAGGUCACCCUUGAACACUAGCUUAGCAAGGGUCUGGGCUGCCUCUUAACUUUCCUUUAGCAUGGUAACUGAAUGCUUUAUACGCACAAAUGAAAUCAGCAGGUGAUGAAAAUAAUUCUCCAUUUGUGGUGGUAAAAAAUUUAGAAGAAUAUAUAUCGCACAGGGGUAUGUGUGUUCUGGGUAAAGAUUGAAUGAUUAAGGUACAGGAAAGACAAAAUUAACCAAUUCAUUAAUUUUCCUUCUGUGUGUUCA